AAAUAUCUUCAAGCUUCCAUCGAGCUGUUCAGGAAGCUUCUCCAGAAACAAAUCUCAGGCGGGUCCAAGAAAAAAGGGGGCCUACCCAUCACUACUGAGGAUCAGAAGUCAUUAUUUAAAUGCUUAAUAUACGUUAACGAGCAGUUUGAUGGGUGGCAAGCAGACUGCUUGAGAAUCCUUCAAAGCAAGUUUGACAGGAAAAUGUGUGCUUUCGACCCAGAUGUGGAGAUUUUGGAGGAAUUGAAGAAGAGUGGCGUGGGUGGGGCUGCAAACUUUGAAGAAACACAAAAGCUGUGUAUGCCGUUCCUAAAAUUCAAGAACGGAGUUUCUGCCGUUGAAAUUGGGGUUCAUGCGUUGGAUUUGAAGCUUCCGUUUGGAGAGUUUGAGAUUUUGGAGGAGAACAAGGAGUUGAUUAAGCUUCAGCUUGGACAAAUGGGCAUUGAAGAGGUGGAAAUUUUGUCUGCAACUGAUUCUUACGCUCGUUCUAUAGCGGGUUCCCUUGGCCCUCUCUUAAUUCAGAACCCUCCCACUCCUGGAAAUCCGACUGCAAUUUUUUUGACAAGCUUCAUCGGUGUUCCUCAGUCCUAAUCAGAAUAGUAGUAGAUGAGGAGGAAGGGUUGUUCUUCAUCAGAAAAGAGCAAGGAUGGAGAAUAAGAAGACCGUCUGAGUUAUGGCUGUGUGAACACCAUAUAAUGGAAAGAGUGAAGAAAUGGAGGAAUUGGGAUCUGAAAUGCAUACAAUGGUAGAAGAAAAAGUAGGCGAACCGGUGAGCGAAUGAAGAAGAGGGACUGAAAUGCAUCUGGGAAAAGGGCGUCGACGUGUCAAAGAGGAAGAAGGUUACUGAACGGUCAAGAUCAUUUCUAAAUAAACGCUGCAGAUGAAUUUGUAUCGCUAUUAAGUAUAAAGGAUUAUUGCUCCUACUUCCAAAUUAACCAACUUUACUGGGUUUGGUGAUUAAUAAAUUAUGCGUGGUUAAAAAUUAUACAGGAGAAAGCGUUAGAGUGAGGUGCAUAAUGCUUUCCUUUCAAGAAAUUGAGGAAUAUAUUUGGGAAGGAAGAGGAAAAUGUGGAUUGUUUUAGGAGAGGG